AUGACCAAACCAAGGUAUUUAACAGAUGCAGAACGAGCUAAGAUUUUAGAAUUUCAAGAUAUGAUUCACUAUAGUCCAAGGUAUAGUGAUGAUACACAUGAAUACAGGCACGUUAUGUUACCAAAGAAUAUGCUUAAGGCGAUUCCCCAAGACUACUUUAACCCGGAAACAGGUACAUUGAGAAUACUUUUAGAAGAGGAAUGGAGAGGGCUAGGGAUAACCCAGUCGUUGGGAUGGAUACAUUACGAGACUCAUGCUCCCGAGCCUCAUAUAUUAUUAUUUAAGAGGCCAAUUAACAACAGCCAGUAA